UUGCAAGCGGAAUUGUUGGCGCCUUCGAAAUUAAGCUCCCUCACACACUUCCAUUUCCUAAUUUUUCACAUCACUUCUUAAAUCGCAUUCUCUCUCACUUUCUCUCUCUAUAGCUCUCGCUAUGGCUUCUUCCACCGAAUCAUCUCUCAUCUCUAAGCUCAAAACCUCCGAUUCUACAGAAAUCUUUACCCUAAUCUCCGAUUACCUUCAGCCUUUCUCAGAUAUCAUUUCUUCAUCUUCCUCUUCCUCUUCCAACCAAAACACAACCCUAAUUCGUCAAUUACUGAAACGUUUUCUACCAUUCAUUAACACUUCAUUAUCAAUUCUCCCUAAACGUAUUCCAGAAAUACCUAAUUCAAACGAGAUCUUAAUCACCGAAUUGUUCAAAGUUUAUCUUCUCUGUUUGAAUUGCUUAGAAUCAGUUUCUUCUCAAUUGGAUGCUAAACCCUCAACGUUUCAUCUCCAGAGAAUUCGAAUGAUACGUUGUUUUGAGUCUUGUAGUCGGUUUCGUGAGGCUGAAGUUGAAGUAUUAAAGCUUCUGGAGAAGGUUUAUGGAGUGAAAAAGAAGAAGAAGACGAUUCUCCCUGAAAUUGAUAAAUGUGGUGGAGAUGAUGAUAAGGGUUUAUUCGUGGUUUUUGUUGAAAUUGCUGUGACUUUAGUUAGGUGUGCUUCGAUGGCUUCGGAUAAAGACGAUGUUUACUUCAGAAGGGUUCUUCAUUUGAUGGAUGAAGUGAAGCCAUGGCUUAGGAAAUUGGAUUCCAAUUCACAUGAGAAGUUUCACAAGGUGUUAGUAUAUAACUUGGGUAAAUGUGCUUUAAAUUUCCUUGAGAAGACUUCAUUCUCUGAUAAAGAUUUGGUGGUCACUUUUUGCCGAACGACAUUAAUUGAGUAUGAAAAGUCUUCAAUUAAAGAUCAAUUUUUCAAGAUUGCUAAAAGGAUGUGCUCCGUACUUUUCAUGUUGGAGGAGGAUAGAUUACUGUAUAUCAUGGAUAUACUGGAUUGUGUUGCUCGUGAAAGCAAGGUCGAAGAGGGAAAUGCUGGAACAGAUUUUGUUGAACUUGUAUAUUAUUGUGUCAAUAAUUGUAAGACUGCAAAUGCAAGUAUUUGUCAUACGUUUGCAGCAUAUCUGAAUAAAACAGCAGAACAUUAUAAACAGUUUAUGAAACCCCUUAAUUCAAUACUGAGGCUCUAUGCUGCUGGGUUACUCCUCGUUAGCUGUAAAUUGAGGUCCGGAGCUGAAGAUGUUGUAUCCUCUGGCAAUGCAAAAUUUGAAUGUUUGCUGGGAACUUUACUUGAAAAUAAGAAAAUACUACAGAGUUCACCACCUUUGCUCGGUUCCUUGCAUAUUUGCAGCAGAAGUAGUUGUAUCUCACUCAGUGUUGAGGACCGACCAUUUGAUGGCCACACAUGCACACAAUCGGCUUCCGAUUGUGAGGCUUCUAGGACUUACCUAACAUUAUACAUAAAGGCAUUGGAAGUUCUAUGCCUACCACUUGCUAAAUCAGUAAAUUCAGAAUGGAAACAGUUAAUAACUGAAAAGGAUGAUGCUUCUGCUACAACUAUGCUUUCCACAGUUGAAGAUGCAUUUCACGCCCUUUGUCAAUUUAUUCUUUAUAGUCAAAGUUGUACAUUUGAAACGAAUGGUGACGGAUUUGGCGAAAAGAGUAGAACAUUGUGCAUUGUAACUCUGGCAGCUUUCACUCUUUCCAUCAGAACCAACCUUAAACUUCAGGAGAGCACACAAUUGAUUAAGCAUAUUAUCGCUAGCAAGUGUAUUGAUACAGAAGAGUUAAAAUACAUAAGUAAUUGUCUCCGUAAUAUUGCUGUAGGUUUGUACAAAAACAAGCAACCAAAAGAGGCUGUGAAAGUUCUAAACUUGGGCUGUAAAGCAUCGUGGCUCUGUAUUAAAUGCCACUGUGGUAAUCUGUCAGAAGGUGCUUUGAAAGAGUUUGUAAUGGAUGCUUACACAAGAAGUGCUAUGCAUUUAGAUUUUCUCUAUGAAACCAACAAUCUUAAGAUAAGAAAGAAAUUGAUUGAAACCCUUAAAAACUGGUCCAGUGCUAACAAUCUGUUUGAGAAGCUUCCAGCGCCUAUACCUGUGGUGAAGCAGUGGGUGAAGAUAGAAUGCAAACGUGCUAAGGAUGAUGAGAGGGUUGAUUCUCCUAGCUUAUACAGUCUAUUGUCAUCUUCUACAGAAUUGUCAAAGAGGGACAUUGGCACGAUCUUAGAGCAGGAACUUACUGCAUACGAGGAGAUGAGUUAUAAAUACCCAGAAUUUUGUCAGAAAAUGCAAAUGAAAAUUGCAAAUUUCCUCCUUCAAAAUAUAUAUAUCACGCCAAAUAGUUGUUUUCAAAAGGCACAAACUCUAAUCAGAAAGGGAAAGGCAUUAAGGUUUUGCGGCAUAUCUGGUCUCCAGGACUGCAUUCAGUGUUUGUCAGAAGCAAUCAUCAUUAUGAAGGAGAUUUCUGGUGAGAUGUGUACCAAAGCAAUUCCCCUUUAUCAUCAGUUUUGUGUGGCAUUAUGUCUACGUGCACUGUCUACCCAGGAAGCUGAACCUGGUUCAGAGCAAAUUUUUGAAGAUGUCAAGGCUGCUUUGGAUCUAUGGUUGGGCAUUUUUUGUGUGGAUUGCUUUGAAGAGGGAGAAUGUUCUGUAUUGUCCGACAGUAUAAUGAUUCUACUUUAUAACAUAAUUGAUUUAUUACACUUGAAGGGUUUCAUGGAACUCUUCAAUGAUGCAUACCGGCUGGUGAUCAGAAUGUUCACAUUGAAGAGUGUCUCAAUGGAGAAGUGGCUGAUCUUAUUAUGGGAAAGUAGAAGGCUUAGUCAUGCUCUCUGUGUUUCGCCUGUGAAUGAGGCAUUCAUCCUAAAUUCAUCGGACGAGUUUAGCGAUUUUUCAAAUAUUAAUUUCUGGAUUAAUAAUCUUAAGGAAAACCAAUCCUCGUUAAUAGGGUUUCAACAGAAUUUCUCUUUUUUGUUUGCAAGCUCUCAUAGGAGUUCUUGCGAUCAUGGUAGUUCUUUUCAAGUAGAAAUCACAGUUGACGAAGUUCAAAAAGCUGCGCUCAAACUGAUUUCAAAUGUUCCUGUUCCAAGUCAUUGCACUUUUCUUGCUGGAUGUCUUUACAGUGAUUUGUGCCAAAGACUCAUUGCAAAUGGGAAGCUAGUAGAGGCGCUUUCAUUUGCAAAAGAAGCUCAUGGAUUGCAUGCCAAACUCUUCAAAGUGAAAUUUAGGCACAUUUUUCAGAACCAUAAUGAAAAGAAUAAUUUAACAGUUGAUUUUUCGAAGAAUCUUAUGGACGGUGUUGAUAAAAUUGAGGUGGACAUGUCAGUUGUCAGGGAAGUGUUUCUAUUUGACUCGAAACCAUGGGACAUAAAAGACAAUUAUCUGAGUCCAUGGAAAAUUAUGCAGUGUUACCUUGAGAGCACUCUUCAGAUAGGAGCCAUCUAUGAAAUUAUCGGAGAUGGAAUUGAGGCUGAAACCUAUCUUCGAUGGGGGAAAGCUAUAUCCUGUUCACUUCAAUUGCCUUUGUUUAUAGUUGCUUUCUCUUCCCUCUUAGGGAAACUCUACGUUACGAGAAGACUUUGGGAUUUGGCAGAAAAGGAACUUCAAUGUGCUGAGCAGAUUUUGAAUGAUAACUGCACACCAUUUUGUUGUUCAAAGUGUAAAUUAAUACUUGAAGUUACUCUUCAUGGGUAUCUUGGAGAUUUGUGUCAAAGUAAAUUAAACGCUUGUGACGAUGGUGCUUCUAAAGAGACUGCAAAAAAUUGGUACACAUCAGCUCUGAAUAAAUUAACUCUUUCUGAAUGGAAAAACCCUCUGAGUUGUCCUGAAGACGACGGUGAUGCAACUGCAGCAACUGCAAAAUGUGAUGCAGGAAAGACUUGCACUUGUUCUAUAGUGAAUGAAGUGGGUGAAGAUGUAAUGAAAUCUACGAAAGUAGGGCCCGGAACCAAGACCGGACCCAAACAAAAUAGAAAGUCUAAAAAUGCAGCCAAGGUUAUAUCAAAGGAACCAAACAUAGUAGUUGAGAAUACAUCAAGGAUAACUCGUUCCAGAUAUCGCUCUAUACAGAACCAACAUAUGAGCAUUUCUAGGAAGUUAGAAGUCAAUGAAAAUGUGGAUGGGAACCAAAUUUCUGAUCCAUCUGACAUGCGUAGUCAGAAGGAAUCAAUUUCAACGGGGACAGAUUGCAGCAUUUCUUCAAGGUGUGUCAUAACAUGCGCUUUAUCUAAAAUGAAGCAUUGGACCUACCUUCCACCUGAAGUUGUGAAAUCUGGGUUAUUGAAUGAUUUUAUCAUUCUUAAAUGGGAGUUUGUUCGGAGGAAACUUUCAAUGAAGCUACUAACUCGAGUAGUGAAGUGUUUUGCAUAUCCUGGUCAAAUCGAUGAAGCACAAAAAGUUCUUCUACAAAGCAUGUCACUUCUGUUUAACAGAAACCCAUUCUACUACACGUUUUCAUCAAUUCCUCUAGAUUCUUUUCACCAAUUGGUUGCAAAGGAGAUACCAGGAGACGUAUUUGCUAUCGAGCGUGCAGAUAUAGUUUAUAGCAUAUGUUGGCAUUCUUUGAAAUGCUAUCAUUCCAAGUUUACAAGAAACAUUUUUUGUAAUCUAUCUCACGUCAAGUUUGAAGACAUAGCUUCUUGGCUGAUGGUGGCUUUUGUUCUCUCUCGUGAGGUUCCCAUAGUUUUUCAAAAGGUGUCUAACUUGCUUGCUGUGAUGUUUGUGGUUUCUUCCUUGAGUGAACAAUUCUCAAUGUCCUCUUUUAGCAAAGUUUUCGAAGAAAAUUAUUGGUCUUCAUACUUCCACCAAGCUUCAAUUGGAACUCAUCUUACUUGCCAGUUUCUUUCACAUUUAACUGGGCGAUGCAAGGAUCCACCUGUUACUGGAUCUUCUUGCAUCAAAGAAGUCACAGUUGACUUACUAAGGACUGCACCUGAUUCCACCAUAGAUCUUGCAGAAUAUGUGAAGAAGUUUAUUGCCGGUCUUCCACUCACAACCAUAAUCAGCAUAAGUUUGCUCGAACGUGAAUAUAGUAGUUUGCUGCAGGAGUUGUUGCCUUAUCCUGCAUGUGUUCGAGCAUGGAUGUUGGUUUCACGACUGAAUUUUAAGACCGAACCUGUUGUGAUGUUGUUGCCACUGGAUUCUAUUUUACAAGAUGAGGGUGAUCUGAGUUCAGACUUUUUUCAAAUGUGUGAGAAACCUAAUAAAGUCUGGCAUUGUCCAUGGGGUUUUACAACGGUUGAUGACAUUGCACCAGCCUUCAGAACCAUUUUGGAAGAGAAUUACUUGACAUCAUCGUCUCGUUUUGAAGAGACACAAGAGAAUAGGAUAUUAUGGUGGAAGCAGAGAACCAACCUUGAUCGUCGUCUUGAUAAAUUUCUGAGGAAUGUUGAAGAUUUGUGGUUUGGUUCUUGGAAAUGCUUGCUUCUUGGAGAAUGGCUGAAUUGCAAAAACUUUGACUUGGUGCUUAAAAAUCUUGUAAAUGAUCUAAGAUCUAAGUGCAAAUUGGAUAUAAAUGAGGGCCUUCUUAAAAUUAUUCUUGGAGGCUCCAAAUAUGAUUGUGAAGGAAAGACAUUGCUUUCACUGCUAUGCUCAAAGAAAGACUGCUACAUUGCUAAAGGAGGCUAUUGUGAUGAAGCAAAGAGUGGGAUAUUUUUAAAUGCGGCCAAUAAAUUAAUGUCAUUAGAGGUUGCUUCUGAACUAAUAAAUGAAGCCUUAAAUGCGCUGGAAGUGGAUGACUCUGUGAAUAGAGAGCCUGUAAUUCUUGUGUUGGAUUCUGAGGUGCAGAUGCUCCCUUGGGAAAAUUUGCCCAUACUAAGGAACCAGGAAGUUUAUCGCAUGCCUUCAAUUAGUAGCAUCUCCGCUGUUCUUGAGAAAGGCAACAACCACAAAGAACAAGUGGGAAGGAAUUUGGUGCCCUUUCCUUCUAUAGAUCCUCUGGAUGCUUUUUAUUUAUUAAAUCCAGCUGGUGAUCUCAAGUACACUCAAACUGUAUUUGAAAAUUAUUUUAGAGAUCAAAACCUUGAGGGAAAGGCAGGUUCUGAACCCACAGUCCAAGAAUUGGCUUCUGCUUUGGAAAGCCAUGACCUUUUUAUAUAUUUUGGGCAUGGAAGUGGAGUACAAUACAUUCCCAGGCAUAAGAUUCAGAAACUACAGCAAUGUGGUGCCGCACUUCUGAUGGGGUGCAGCAGUGGUUCAUUGACCUUACAUGGAAGCUAUGCGCCGCAAGGUGUUCCCCUGUCAUAUCUGCUGGCUGGUUCUCCAUCCAUUGUUGCCAAUCUAUGGGAUGUAACAGACAAGGAUAUAGAUCGAUUUGGCAAGGCUAUGUUUGAUGCCUGGUUGAAAGAAAGAUCUGAAGUUGCAAUGCAAUGCUUACAGUGCAACUUACUAUCAGAAGAAUUGGAGGCCAUGAAUUUGAAGGGUGGCAAGGGUAGAGCAAAGAGAAAAGUCCCAAAGAAGAAAUCACAAGAGUUGCAUGAGAUUGAUUCAUCUAAGAACAACUGCAGCCAUAGACGCAAAAUUGGGGCUUUCAUGGGCCAGGCACGUAAUGUUUGCGUCCUUCCUUUCUUAACAGGGGCAUCUCCCAUAUGUUAUGGUGUUCCAACCGGAAUUUGGAGUAAAAAGGAUAGCUAGCCUUUCAAGCCCAACGAGAGGUCGCCUCUACAACCACUCGGUGUUGAAUUGCAUUAAAAGGGUUCAUCUAAUCCCAACUCACCAAGUCAACUCACUAAACAAGAACCCUACAAUAAGAAUUUCUGACAGCCGGUUCAAUUUAUUUAUUCUUGACCCUGAAGGAGGGGCAUACAAACAGGGAUUUCAUUAUUCUUUAGGGAGUUUGAAUCUUUUAGUUCACCUUGACUGCUAAUUUUAGUUUGAAAUGAGUUUUGUGUAAAUAUAUGUAACUUGACUAACUGUAGGCUUUCUUGUUAGAAACAUACAAGCUAGUUCCACCCAGGGACAGCAAACCACUGUCCAAAAAAAGCAAGGUAAUAAAUGAUUAUUACGUGGAAAUUGAUAUCUGACACAUCUCAAUCAAUAUAAAUUGAUUGACAUUUA